AUGCUGCUCGUUUUCUGUGACGGUACCGGUGCAGAUGGAACUCUCACAGGUACUGAAGUACAUGCACCACGCCAGUUUGCUACCAACGUUCUGCGCCUUUGUAAUGGUGAUAAGCCGAAGCGUCAAAUAGUCCUUUACUUGAGCGGGGUCGGCUCUGAAUCCGAUUUUAAUGGUAACUUCGCAGGCACAGCUCUGCUUCUUCAUGCAUAUGCAUUCAUCGCCCAGAAUUUUGAAGUGGGGGAUGAGAUAUGUAUCUUCGGAUGUGUGGGUGUAUGGGACACCGUUGAUGCUGUCUAUAAAUUUCCCCUUACUCCCAUCAAGGAUACACUCGGCAUAACAGAUUUCAGUCUUCCUGCCAGCAUCGAAAAUCGAGACCGUUUCUCGCCCACCCUUUGGGAGAUGCCGAAGGGCGGCUGGCGCGACAACCAAGUGUGGUUUCCCGGUUCCCAUUGUGAUGUUGGUGGAGGUUAUGAGAAGCAUGACCUCUCUGACUUGGCAUUGUUCUGGAUGGUGGACUGGCUCGUGACUAGGGAGAAAUCAAGUCCUUCAUCAACAUCGAUACCUCAGUUUAUUGAGAAGAUUGCGCAGCCUCAGCCUGAUCCGUGGGGAGCAGCGCAACCUGGACAAUGGAUAUGUGGAGUUGGUUGGCGACUUGAAGCGAUUCAUUCAACCUUCAGACACGCUUGCAAGGUGGUGCGAUCAAGCCAGGCAUGGUGUUCCACGAGAGCAUCCUUUAUGCCCCCACGACGGCUUACGAGGCCGCAAUACAUGCUCACCCUCGAUACGCUCAAGCAAGCAUUUGGAACUUCUUGGAAGCCGACCAUUGCACCCCUCAACGAGUUUGAACAAUACUGUAAGGAUAAGUGGGGGAAACAGUCCAAACGCAAGGCUAACCGCAAUGUGCAUAUCACUGUCUUCUUUCGUGCGCUAUUUACGGAAUGUGUUGAUUUUUUGUGCUUAUAG